UCUUGUUAUCGCUGCGUGUCGAUAUCACUCGCAAGCCAUGCGGUGUGCACGCACGACGAGCGCGAUAAAAGUUGUUCCAUUGGCUGCCAAAACGGAACUUUGAGGAGCUAAUUAUUUAGGAAAUAUUUUAUGUAAUUGUAUGUAUUGUUUGCAAUGUGAUUUCAUGAAAUAUUUGCUUUGUUUCUCAGCUGAUUUGAGAUUUCGUCCCCGUGUUUUUAAGUCACAAUGCGAAGGCGAUCAAAAACUGACAUAAUGCUCGUGGUUCGAUGCCAAUCUCAAACGGUACGCCCUCCGUCCACACCGCGAGGUUUCCGAGUGAUGGUGAAUGAAUGCUUUAAUUUCUACAUAACUAGUAGUGGAUAUCCGUUGACAUCUCCUAAGGGGUACCAAUUUGACCCGAAAGAAGCAACUCUAACACCCGGCAGUAAUAGCCACAUUUUAUGUAAAAGAUUACCAUUAUCUUGAUGUUGCAGACGCGAAAACACAGAUUUAAUUUGAUAUUCACAGCUAGCAGCCAUAUUGUUGCGAGAAGAUUUUCGGACAUAACUAACUUCACUAAUUUGAUAAGUGCUCGAGAGCGAUGGGCAAGAAGUGGUUGAAUAAGAUCAACGCUAGUUUCUUAUCUGCUUGACAUUAGUGGAUUAAAAAAAUUCAUGAUACCACUUCUAACUUGCAAAAACAAAUAACUAUAAAAAGACUCUUCUCAUUAUUUAUUUAUUUUCUAGAGGUUUCACAAUCUGGGCAAGUUACGGAUUUCAUAUAAUACUGCCACUAAGCGCCAAGCAUUUAGGCUCUGACCAUCCCACCUACUUCAAAGAUAAAGGAGCGCUGGUGGUGGUGGCCGGUGGUAGGUGAAUGGAAGAAUCCGUCGAGAACUCCCCGCAAUCUCGAGCAUGAAUGUGGAAUGGUAUAUUUUUGCAUAGUUCCAGGACAUCAGAGGAAGCCAUGAGGGAUUUUGGUACAAUACAUGCAUUAUGGCAUCUACAACCAACCGCUCGAGACGCCAAAUUUCUUUGAUUUCCAAACAAGUGCCUCAUAGUUCACCGUAUUCCCCACGUACUUCCGUUCAAUGUUGCUGUUUUGGGGUAUAGCAAUAUCAAUAAUGUGCGCAGAACGACCCGUCUCUGAACUAAAAGGACAUCGGGUUUGUUUUAACAACACAUACUCUAAACAGGACGAUUAGGUAGUGCCUGGGGCUCAUAUCAGUAAACCGGACAUGUUCCCGUCAUCAUUCCAUGUUUGUAUGCAAAGCUUCGGUUAAUCACUUUACAUGCAGCAUUGUGUAUUGCACCGCCGCCAUUAUAGUGCAACCAGAAAUAAGAUGGUCCAACGUCUCCAGUGCCGAACCAUAUAUUCUGCAUUGGUCGUUCGCCACCCUUUUUCAUAAACUCGGGUGGCGACCACGCCGACCCGAAUAGCACACAUAAAUCCCUUCGUCUUAGCAAAGAGCUCUCCAGCACACAGCCAUCUGUUCGACAAAUAUAAAUUGAUAAAUGGUUGCCAAAGACCAUUGACGUGUUUACCAUGCGUUGCCAUCGAAAUCAUUCAUCGAUCCGUUUUUGGUCUGAGUUCACCCCACUUAGGGAAUGGAAAGAUCGCUCCUUCAAGUAAGUCGGACAAAUAAAUGAAAAAUAUCAUUGUAACAAAAAAUUUAAAUGAUAAAGACCAAAAUAUUAUAUUACCACGACAUAAUUUGAUUAAAUACGCAAAUUCUCAAAUAAAUCUAAAUAACCUUA